AUGCCGAUGACAGUGGAAGAGUAUCAAGUGGGCCAACUCUGGUCGGUUGCUGAAGCAUCAAAAGCGGAAACCGGUGGUGGUGAGGGUGUUGAGGUGCUCAAGAAUGAACCAUUCGACAAUUAUCCAUUAUUUGAUGGCCGAUAUACAUGUGGUCAAUUCACACACAAAAUCUAUCACCUACAAACAUAUGUUGCAUCAUGA